AUAAACAGCUCCUCCCAUGUGUUGGGGUGGAGUUGCAGAUACCUGACCUUCAUUUACAUCAUCAAAAACCAGCUUCUCACCUUCACUCACACUUAUAUCUACACUAUGGAAGGACUCUUUGUGGUUAUUGGUAUAGCUGCAGGAGCAGUCUUUAGUGUCGUCUCGGUUCCUGCUGUUCUUGGCUUCAUUGGUUUCAAAUCAAUAGGGAUAGCAGCAGGAACGCUGGCUGCCAAAAUGAUGUCGUGGAUUGCAGUUCUAAAUGGAGGAGGGGUACCAGCAGGGAGUCUGGUGGCUCUUCUACAGUCAAUAGCGAUGGGUGGUCUGUCAAUGGCUGCCAAGGUUAUCUUGGCCGGAGCUGGAGGAGCAGUUGGAUGGUUGUUAUUAACCAUUUUUCGCUAGUAUGGAACCCACUGAAGGUUUACGUCACCCAGAAUGAUGCAUCCUCACCAUUCAUGUCCACAUUUUAAUGGAUUGAGUGACCGCCACAUCACACCAAAGGAGACAAGUGUGUAAAUCACACAUCAAGUUUGUUUGUCAUUCCAGGUCCUUAUAGAUUUAAUGUUUCUUCAUUAUUCUGCCAGGUUUCGCAAAUGCUCCAGAUUUACCUUAACCCAUGAAGACCCAGUGCUACUUUUGCGGCAGUUCCCAAAUGAAUUUUUCUCUAUCUUUAACCUCUCUUUAGUAAUUUGCCACCAUUUAUUCUAAUAUUAUACUAUAUAUUUUGCAUUUUUAAGUGAAGAUCAGGUAUUUUCUGAUAUUUAAUUUACUGAUUGUGUAAAUGUUCGUUUAAACUCAAAUUAAAGUUGAGGGUUAUU